AUGGCACCAUCGCGGUCCCGAGCGCCACUGCUCUCAAUCCUCGCCCUCACGUCCCUUAUUCCCUACACAGCCUAUGCCUUUGACUGCAAAGACAUCCUCGCAGAUGGCCAGCACUUCAACUUCAAAGAGCUUGGCGGCCCGCAUGUCGUUCAUUACAAGGAGUCUGAUAUCGCCAAAGAGCUCGAAUGGAAGUACAACUUUACCAUCGACAUCUGCAACAACCUCAAAUGGCACAAAGGCGGCAGUCUGGCAACCGAGUGCCAUCACGGGACUAGGGUGUGUGGAAUCAGAGAGAAUAUCGAUUUGAGCAGUGACGACAACUCCACCAUCACUCCUAUCGAUAUCGCCGGAACAUAUGCGACGCAGAAUGGGAGGAAGAUCGACGCCAAGUUCGAGAACCUAGGCCACUCCAAGAGCAACAAUGAUGCAGGAUUAGAGGGUGUCAGGGCAACGCUCAACGGAGGCAGAUUUCCCUUCGACGACAGGAAGGAUGGCAUAAACCAGCGUGCGAUCAUCGAAUUCGUCUGCGAUAAAGAGAGGACAGGAUUGGAGGGUGACGAGAUGGACAAGAGCCCGCACCAGGAUGACGAUAAGGAAGAUGACGGAGGCGACAAAGGGGAUGACAAGAAGGAGGGCGAUGACAAGAAAGAAGAAAAGCUGAGGAGGAGAGAAGGAAACGGCAAGAGCAAGUGUGAGGACAACGACAACAGUCUGCGCUUCUGUGGCUACGAGAUGGAGACGGAAGAGAAGGACAAGAAAGUCCAGACACUGCGACUGCAAUGGCGGACCAAGUACGCAUGUGCGGAUGCGCCGUCGCCGGACGGUGGCUCCCACUGGGGCUUCUUUGGCUGGUUCUUCAUCAUUCUAUUCCUCGCGAUCGCUGCCUAUCUCAUCUUCGGCUCAUGGCUCAACUAUAACAGGUACGGAGCGCGCGGAUGGGACCUUCUGCCUCAUGGAGACACGAUCCGCGACAUCCCGUACAUUGCGAAAGAUUUCGCGAGGAAGGUCAUGGGGACUGUACAGGGAGGCGGAAGCAGAGGAGGCUAUGCUGCUGUGUAG